GCCGGGUGGCAGCCCUGAGCUAUAUUGAGUGCUUAAACUGAAACAACAACAACUACAAGCAGAGCACGAAUGGAUUAAAUUAAAAUCUGCAAAACUAAUGUAGAAAAAAACGCGAAAUAACCUUUUAAGAAAACAUGUGAAAAAGAUGAAACUAGCAGAGUUGACAACAGCGACAGCGAGAACGACGAAGCAGAGAGCAAAAAGAAGCACAGCAAACACAAGAAAAAAAAGCACAAGAGGAGACCACGACAACUUUGGACGACAAAACUACUUGGAGUGGCGGCGGCAGGAGAGUGUGAAAAGGAGUGGAGAGGAGUGGAGUCAGCAAGGAGGAGCGUAAAAGUCCAGGGCUGCAAAAAUCAAACGAAACAAAAACAACAACAAAACACAAACCACAUGCUGUCCUCCAAUUAAAUUAAAAAAUAACAAAAUAUGGACAUUGAUAAGAUCUUUAAUGAUUUGGAAUCAAAUCAGACGCAGGAGAACGAGGAGGCAAAAAAGAAACUUGUUGAGCUUUUUACACAGACUAAGGAACAAUGGCCGGUGCGCUAUAUGCUGGAUUAUUAUCUAAAAACCGGCUCGUUGAGGAUUAUGGAGGUGCUGGUCAAGGCGCAAUCUCCGCACGAUGGUUACAUCUUUGAUCGCCUGGACGAUUGGCUGAAACAGCAACAAUAUCGUGUCCAGGCAUUGAAUGUCUUUUGUUUCAUAGUGCGACGUCAUCCCACCUGGUUGCACAAAAUCGAGAAACAUCGGCUGAUUAAGAACGUCUUUAAGCUGCUAACGCAUGAAAAGGACAUUGUGCCGUUGAUGUGUGCGCUGUUGUGCAUCAUUACCUUGCUGCCGAUCAUACCCAACUCGGUGCCGAACUUUUUGCAUGAUCUCUUCGAGGUCUUUGGACAUUUGGCCUCCUGGAAGCUGCAGAAUCCACGACUGCCCGAUGAGAAGCUGGUACACCUGCAGUUGGGCUUGCAAAUGCUCUUUCAUCGCCUGUAUGGCAUGUAUCCAUGUAAUUUCCUAGGAUAUCUCUCGGAUUUCAUCAAGAAGGACAAAGGAGGGGGCGGCAUCUUUCAGCAUACGAUAAAACCCUUGUUGGACACGGUGCGUGUGCAUCCCAUGCUCUUGACUGCCACCAUGGAAACGGAGGUGAGCAAUGCACGCUGGAAGGAAAUGGAACCACAUGAUGUGGUCAUGGAGUGUGCACAUCUCUCACUGCCCGUGCUGCAUCCGGAUGCGAGCAAUGAGGACAUUAGCUCGACAUAUCCUGGAGGAACUCCUAGUUACAGUCGCAUGACAUCGACAACAUCCGAUUAUAAUAAUGGUAGCUCCAUGGUGGCAUUGUCGAGCCAACGACAAACGCGACACUUUGAGUCGAGCAGCAAUACGCCCAUCUGGAGUCCACACAAUGAGAUCACCACGACGAGCAGCAGUUCGGCUAUUCCCUUAACUCCCACUGCUCCAUUUAUAUUGCCAUCGUCGAGCAAUUCCCAGCUGUUGGGUGUUACAGGCUCAUCACCGCCAGAGGCUGCCGUGGAGGCCACACCCGAGACAACGCCGCUCAAGGAUCUGCGUGACUUUAAGCAGCAACAGCAGCAACAACAACAACAGCCCAAUUCACAUGCAGUGCGCGCAAUCUUUGCCAGCAGUCAACCAUCGUCACCCAUGCGCAAGGAACAGCAGAGUCAAUUCCAUUUCCCCGACAUGGAGGAGCAACAACGUUUGCCACAACAGCUAAGCAACUACGAGCGGCGUGUGCAGCAAAUGUUGCAGGAACGCAAGCAGGCAGAGGAACUGCCGGAACUGCAGCCGGAGGCGUUGCUCACGGCAACGCUCAGCACGACGGGCACAACGCUGCUGACGCUGGCAGAGACGCCCAAGGAGCCGCAGAGGAAUGCGGCGGUGUGCGGCGAAUGCAAUGAAACGGAGCGUAGCUUGUGCAGCGUGGGUGGCUUGCAUAUGCCCACCAGUCGAUCCAUGCAACAGCUGGCCAAGGGACUCAAGCGACGCAACCGCAUGGCCAGCUAUUGUUGCAACGAGACGGGCAGUGGCAACGGGAAUGGCUCCGGUGGCUCUGGCAGUGGCAGCUCCUCCAGCUCGGCAGCCAAGAAACUGACACUGCAAAGGCAUAAUCAAAUGCGACGCAGCAAAUCCUGUUCAGCUUUAACAGCAGUGGGUGUGGAAACUGAAGAGGAUGAUGAAACCGAUUGUCCCAGUCUAUCACAGGAGAAUGGCAAUGGUAAUGGCAUCGGCAUUGGCAUCGGAUUCACUCAACCAAACCAAAAGACUGUGCUGGCUGGACGAGGAUUGCAGCGUAGUGGACGCGUACUGACCAUGGUGGCACCCAAAGCCAACGAAUCCUCCUCUUCAACCUCAUCCUCGAGCGCCAAUGCGGGCACACAGACGCUGCAGGUGCUGCCACCGCACUAUGAGGAUUCGCUGUUUGAGCUGCUGUUUGAGUGCAAGGAGCAACGAAAUAAAUAUGAACGUAGUCAAUUGUAUCCGCAGGAUAUACUCGAUCAAUACAUAAUGCGUUCCAUACACGCCAAGGAUUCGAUUGAUCUCCCUGCCACAGCAUCUGUAUCCGCAUCCGCAACCGCAUCUUCGCUGCAGGAGCAGUGUCAACUCAUGUGCCUGCAGCUGCAAUAUGAAAGCUAUCGUCGUGGCAUCCACGCCGAACGCAAUCGUCGCCUGAUGGGACGCAGUCGGGAUAAGCGGAGUCUGGAAAUGGAACGCGAUCGUUUGCGGGAGCAACUGAAGAACUUCGAUGCCAAGAAUCGGGAUCUCGCACAGCGCAUGGACACCGCCAUUCGGCUGUCCAAUGAGCGUCAGCAUGGCUACAACGAGGAGCUGUCCGAUCUGAGAUCCAAAUAUCAACACGAACAGGAGCAGAACAAGUGUCUGCGGCAGGCAAACGAUGAUCUCCAGACGCGUCUCAAUGCGGAACUCCUGCAACGCAAGGAGUCCCACUAUGAGCGUGAAUCCCUGCGGGGUCAACUCUUUUCCAUGUCCACCGAACUGAUGCGUUGCCAACAGGAGGCGGAAAUGGGACUGCAAUGCAAACAGGAGUUGGCACGCCUCGAAGCUGACUUCAUCAUCAUGGGCGAGGUGCAGGUGCGUUGUCGGGAUCGUCUCGCCGAGAUUGACAAUUAUCGGGCACGCGACGAGGAGCUGCAAAUGCUCCAAGACAGCUACAAUGUCGAGCUUAAAGAGCUAAAGCACAGUCUGGAUGAGAAGACUUCGCUGCUGGAGAGCACCAGGCAUAAGAUAAGUGAGCAGCAGGCUCAAUUGGUCAACAGCGAGAAGGUCAUCGCAGAACAGAAGCGUAUCCUGCGCACGGUCAAAGAUGAAUAUGAUGAAAGGUUCAAGUCGGUUAACAAGAAGUACGACACUCAGAAGAAGAUCUUUCUGCAAAUGGAGGAGAAGCUGAUGAUGUCGUUGCAACAGCCACAGAGCGCCAUGGGGCAUACCACCUGUUCGCCGGACACGGAUCGUACAGACAUUGCCUCAUCGAUGGAACGCAACUCGCCGCUCUCCACAUCGCUGGCAUCAAGUGAAAGUUUGUCGGCCAGUCUGCGAUCCACGGAGUUGAAGAAUCUACAGCAGCUGCUGGAGACGCCGCCAGUGCCGGAGGUGAUGAGCAGAGAUGCUGGAGCUGGCAAUUUGCCGGCCAUUGAUUUGGCCACAUCGGCUGGAGGCACUGCAAGCGCCAUAAAUAUAAUGCAGACAGAUGAAUUGGAUAUGCCUACAACAUCCAAUCAUACACACUCACACACACAUACACACACCCACACCCACCCACAUUUACAUUUACAACAACAACAGCAGGAGCAGCAACAACAACAACAACCAGAACAGCCGCAAAAUAUGCGUUUGUAAUUGAUAAAUGAGAAGAAAACUACAAAAGAGGGCUGUCAAUUAUAGAAUGAAGGGCAGAUAAUAAUUAUCGACAGAAACCAACUGAUUAAAAAUUGCAUCAUAAAUUAGCUGCAAAUAUUUCUCUUCUUUAAUUUUCAAUUUUUAUUAUUUUUUUUUUUUUUUUCGUUUUUGUCUCCACAACCAAAUAAAAUAAUUAAUGUCGAUUUUUGAAACAAAUUGUUCAGGGUUUACGCAUUCAGUUGAAAACUGUAACUAAAGUAAAAUUAAAUAAUUAUAAUAAAAAUAACAACAACAAAAAACGCAGACUCCACGCAAUAAUUAUACAUAAUAAUGAUUAUAAACGUUUGAAAUUUUAACUUGUUGGCACAUUGCAAUGUGUUUUUGUCGUAUAAAAAUGUACAAAAAAAAAUAUAAAAGAAAAAGAAAAGAAUAAAGCGAACAUAGGUUUUGAUAUGAUAAAA